UCGCAUCCUCCACCGUGGCCCGCACACGGAAACGCAUGCGAUCGCCGAAAAGCAGAAGGGAAGAAAGAGGGAAGAAGGGAAACAAAACCUAUGCGAGUCGCAGAGUGAUAACGUGAAGCGGCUGCGACAACACGGAGGACAAAAAUCGCAUAUCAAGAAACGCGCGCUCGCGUUCUUGCACGUUUUCCUGCCGAAAAGUUUCUUUCGAUUGCCGAAAACUUUCGUCGCACGAAGAGUGAGAAAUUGGAGCACGCACGCGAUAUUUUAAUAUGCGCUUGUAAAAUUUCGUCGAGGGAAACUGCAAAUAGAUACGCCGCUGCGAGAGACUGCGCCGGGAAGGACGAGACGAGGGCGAAGGAGACGCGAAGAUGAGAUAUAAGGUGAACGAUCCGGAGGAUAAUGAGCGGGACGCGGAGGAGAACGCGAAGGGGAACUCCGACGUUUCAUGGAAUUACAGUCACGAGAAGAAGUCAAGCGGCCUGGAGAUGAGGCUCGUGAUCGUCGUCGGGCUGCUGGCGGUGACCGUCAUUGCUCUCAUCGUAGCAUUGACCUUGCAAAUGGCGGUUUUCCGCAGAGAGGAGUACAAGACGAUGUGUCAGAGCGAGGAAUGCAUCAAGACAGCGGCGCGAGUUAUAAGCGCGAUGAACAAAUCCAUGGACCCUUGCAAGGAUUUCUACAGCUUCGCCUGCGGCGGCUGGAUCAGCAAGCAUCCGAUUCCUCAAAGUCAGAGCUUCUGGGAUCAGCUGAGCUUGCUGAGGGAGGAGCUUCUCAAGAAUUUAAGGAUUCUGCUCGAAGAACCGGACAAGGAAGACGAUCUCAAACCGGUGAAACUGGCGAGAUCCCUUUACAGGACCUGCAUGGAUAUAGCGAGCGUCGAGGCAUUAGGACUGGAACCGAUCUUCGAGGUGCUCGGUAAACUAGGAUUACCGAAGGACCCGCCGAUGCAGGACGAAAUACCCUCCCUUGAUAUAGCGAGAUUAGCCGGCAUCGGGCAGAGAACGCUGGGCUUGAAUCUCUUGAUUAAUUUUUACAUCAGCGAGGACAUUAAGGACACCACGAAGAACCGGAUGAUGAUAGAGCAAGUGUCCCCCGGAUUUAGCGAGCGCUACUUAUUGGAUCCGCCGCGAUUUCAAUCGGAAUUGACGGAAUACAGAAGGUACAUAAAGUCCAUGGUCGAACUCGCUGGAGCUGGCAACAUGAGCGCGAAUUAUGCUAACGAGAUCUUAGAGUUCAGCACGAAAAUCGCUCAGAUCAUGGCGACACCUGAAGAACGGCGCAGCUCGGAUCAUCUCCUUCACGACGUGACCAUCGACGAUCUGCAAAAAAUCACCGACCUGCACGCGCAGCAGUGGAAUUGGACGAGGUAUCUGGAAGGUGUAUUCGAGAACACGAAUGUCACGAUAAAUCCGGCCGUAGAUCGCGUUCUCGUGAUAGAUCUGAAGUAUUUGCAGAAAUUACCGCUGCUGCUGUCCGUCACGCCACCCGCAACGAUAGUCCGAUUCGUUUGGUGGACCGUGUACUCGACCGUUGCACCGUUGACGUUGCAAAAGUUCCGCGAUCUCGGCUUUCAGUUCUCGCAGAAGGUCUUCGGGCUGAAGGAGAAGACGCCGCGCUGGAAAGGAUGCACCGGGAACGCGAACGCCAACUUCGGCAUGGCGCUCAGCUACGUUUACGCGCAGAAACACUUCAGCGAGCAGGCGCGGGAAAAGGCAUUGGAGAUGUUGCUGGAUAUCAGGGCGGCAUUCGACGAGAUGGUCACCGAGCUGGAUUGGAUGGACGUCGACACGAGGGCGCGAGCCCAUAAAAAGCUGCACGCGAUGAGACCGUUCGUAGGAUUUCCCGACUGGAUCACGGAUCCCAAAGAGCUGGACAAAUUCUACGAAGGAGUGGAGGUGAUCGACGGGAAGUUAUUCGCGACUUUCCUGAAGCUGACCGACUUGGCGAUGAAAAAGAGCUUCAACAAUUUGCGCGAGAAGCCCGAUAGAAGCAGGUGGAUAUCGACAGGCACGACGGUAAACGCGUUUUAUAGCGCCAUAUUGAAUUCAGUCACUUUUCCAGCUGGUAUCCUGCAUCCUCCUUUUUACGGGAACGGAUUGGAGUCCAUUAAUUACGGCGCUAUGGGGGCAAUUAUGGGCCACGAGCUUACGCACGGCUUCGACGAUCAAGGACGCAGGUACGACGAGAACGGUAAUCUGCGGCAGUGGUGGAGCGACGAGACGUUGCGGCAUUAUCAUGAAAAGGUGCAGUGUAUGAUCGAGCAGUACAGCAGUUAUCAUCUACCGGAACUGGGCGAUAAUUUCACGGUAAACGGCAUUAAUACUCAGGGUGAAAACAUCGCCGACAAUGGCGGCAUUAGGGAAGCGUACAGGGCGUAUCAGAGGCUGAUUGCGCGCAACCCUUAUCAGCAAGCUCUGCCUGGCCUCGUCGAUUAUAGCAAUGAACAGUUGUUCUUCUUGGGUUUUGCUCAGGUGUGGUGCGGCAAUUACACGAAUGGAGCGCUGAAGUCAAAGAUAAUAGAGGGCGUGCACGCGCCGAAUCACUUCCGAGUGAUCGGUACACUGUCGAACAACGCGGAGUUCGCGAAGGCGUGGAAGUGUCCGCUCGGCAGUCCAAUGAACCCACCGCACAAAUGUAUCUUGUGGUAGAUAUUUCUCGCAUUUCGAACAGUAAAAAAAAAACAUGAAACGGCGCCGGAGUGUUAUCUUGUUCAGACUUAAUCUUUACUCGUGACACAGUAGGCGUUGGUGCAGUGAUAAUUCUAAGAAAUUGUAAAUAGACUGAUUUACAAUUAUAGGAACUAGCGAGUAAUUUAUUACACACUUAAUAAGUGCUACUCUUAAUUUUAAGCUUAUGAUGUAAAUAUCACACGGAAGAAGAGAAUAAUGACUUUUAUAAAAAGAC